GGCAACGUGCGCGUGUACGCCCGCGUGCGACCAUUUUUGCCCUCAGAUCAAGUCGACGCUUCCGCUCAGCACUGCAUCAACGUGAGCGCGCAUGACGACAGCCUCGCCAUCUUGAAAAAGGACGGGAGCAGCGAUGGAAAUGUCUUGGAAAGCCAUGGAUUCACUUUUGACCGUUGCUUUCCCCCCUCAGCGGGGCAGGAAGUGAUUUUUGCUGAGGUGUCAGAAUUCGUGCAGUCCGCGCUCGACGGCUACAACGUCUGCCUCUUCUCCUACGGCCAGACAGGCUCCGGCAAGACGCACACGAUGCAGGGCUUCGGGUCGGGGCCCAUGAAAGGGAUCAUUCCCCGUGCGAUGGAACAGGUGGGGCGGUACAAGAAAAUGCUGGAGGCUCAAGGCUGGGUAUAUGAGAUGGAGGUCUCUUUCAUUGAGAUCUACCAGGAGCAGAUCCGAGACCUGCUGC